GAUGUUGCAUUUAAAUGUUGUUUUAAACAACAACUUUUAUCCAAACGUAUAUAUUAUCCAGUCUUAUGUCACAUUGAUUUGCGCAGCUUUAUUGAUGGCUAAUUUGCAUAUACGCUCAUUGGCUCGUCCACGAACAAAGCUAGCUAUAAAGGAACAUAAUGAAGCUAAUAGAAUGUGUACCGAAUUUUUCUGAAGGGAAAAAUCAGAAGGUUAUCGAUGCCAUUUCAACUUCAAUUCGAGAAACUGCCGGUUGUUCAUUGGUUGAUGUAGAUGCUGAAGGAUCAACCAAUAGAACGGUUUAUACGUUUGUUGGUGAACCAGAUGCAGUGGUACAAGGAGCACUCAAUGCUGCUAAGGCUGCGUUCAAAUUGAUAGACAUGGCAAAACACAAAGGUGAACAUCCAAGGUUUGGAGCUCUUGAUGUUUGUCCAUUUAUCCCUGUAAGCAACACCACUAUGGAUGAUUGCAUUGAUUGCGCGAAUAAGUUUGCAAAGAUGUUGGCUGAAGAAUUACAAGUACCAGUUUAUUUGUACGGAUUUGCUGCCAAGAAUGAACAGAGAAAAAUUCUUUCAAAUACUCGUUCUGGUGAAUAUGAAAAAUUAGAAGAAAAACUAAAAAAUAAUGAAUGGUACCCUGAUUAUGGAACGAACAAGUUUGUGUCAAGUUGGGGAGCAACUGCAGUUGGUGCUCGUAAAUUUCUUAUUGCAUACAAUAUAAAUCUGAUAUCAACAAAAGAACAAGCUCAUAAAAUUGCUCUGAAUAUUCGAGAGACUGGUCGUGGUCCAAGCAGAAGAGGCAGACUGAGAUGCGUUCAAGGCAUAGGUUGGUAUCUAGACAAAGAAAACAUUGCACAAGUCUCAACUAACGUGACAGACAUUGAUGUCACGAAAGUUCAUCAAGUUUACGAAGAAGUUUGUUCUGAUGCAAAGGAGCUGAAUCUUCCUGUGGUUGGCUCCCAGAUCGUUGGGUUGGUUCCUCUCAAAGUUCUGCUGGAUGCUGCAGAAUAUUACAUGAAGAAAGAUAACUUGUUCAUCUUGGAAGAAGAUUCAAAGAUAAGAUUGGCAGUGAACAGAAUGGGAUUAUCAUCGUUGUCUACAUUCAAUCCACACCAAAGGAUUAUUGAGUACGUCAUCAGAGAUGAAGCCCGGGAUUCCCCUCUGACAUCACAAUCGUUGACGAAGUUUAUUUCAUCGGUCGGAAGUAGAACAGCAUCACCUGGUGGUGGGUCUGUGUCUGCCGCAGUGGCUGCCAUGGGAGCCGCCCUUUGCACGAUGACAGGUUUGUUGACGUACGGGAAAAAACAAUGGGAAACACUGGAAGCAGUGAUGCGCAUCAAUAUUCCGAUUGUGCACCAAUGCAUGACUGAGUUAAUCCCAUUGGUCGAUAAAGAUUCGAAAGCAUUUGAUUCGUUCAUGGCCGCAAUGAAGAUGCCCAAGGGAAAUGAAGAAGAAAUUGAAAGUAGAAAGAAAGCCAUGCAAGCUGGUAUUCUAGAAGCCAUAGAAAUCCCAUUAAAAGUGAUUACAACCUGCAAUGCAUCGUGGGUAGCUGUGGUUGAAAUUGCAAAGUCGGGGAACAUCAAUUGUUUGUCGGAUGUUCAGGUUGGAUCUAAAUGUUUAGAAACAGGAAUAUGGGGAGCUUACCAGAACGUGUUGAUUAAUCUUCCUCAAGUUGAUGAUGAAAAUAUAAGGGAGAAGAUUCGCAGUGAUGCGCAACUGGAAAUGGAUAAAGCCAAACAGUGUUGCCAGGAAGUUUUGUCGAUCACUGAAGGAAGAAAGAAUGAAAAUAGCCCACAAUAAUAAUUGCUGCACUGCACCCAUACAGCUAUGCAUUCAUAAACACCAUUACUGCCUUUGUAAUAACUUAAGUAACUAAUAAUGUUUACGUAUGAAUUGCAUCUUUGUUGCAAAUUAAAUACUUGUGUUAGUAUUGGGUGAAUCCAGACCAACAGCAAAAAUAUGUUGUUAAGUUUGUCCCCAUCAAUUCGUGACAACCACGUAGUGAUAUAUAGGGGCAGUGGCGCAGCCAGGGGGGUUUAGGGUGUUGCGACCUCCCCCCCCCCUUUUAAACCAAAAUAAAAUUAAUUUAAAAACAUAUAUUUUUAAAAAUUUUUGAUUACCUCCUCCCCCCUUUUUUUUCUGGCUGCGCUACUGUAUAGGGGUAUAUAUAAAUGGUUUUCUACAUAGUUGGGUUUAUAUGGGGGAUAUAUAUAUGGGGCUACAUAGUUAGGCAUAUACGGAUUAUGUAAUCAAAGUUUUUGGUCAUUGAUGCCAAAUUUCAAAUGCAGAUUUAGACACAAUAAAUUAAAACAGCAUAUUUUACCCGCAGCACAUUCCGAGUAGUUGUAUUUCUUCACUAACGGUGUAACUGCUAUUGUAAAUAUGCUGUGAACUGACUGUGUUUUUUUGUUACUAAUCCAAUUGAAGAGUUUAAAGCUUGUGCAAUAAGUUCUAACAUGCGUUAAAUGUAAUAUAUGCAUAUGGUGUUGCUUGGUACAGAUUAUUCAGAGCUUUUAUGCAGUAUUGUAGCGGCCCCUUUAAUUAGUGCAUGUCCACUAUGUCCGCUAUGCAUGUCACUAUUCACAAUAUUCACCAUGUCCGCUAUGUCAUAGCGAACAAAGCGGAUAUGCACUAAUUAAAGGGACCCGUAUUGUAAUGGUUGUGUGCCUUGUUUUAAACUCUAUAUUUGCAGAACUAAAUAAAAUCAGGUGGCCAGAUUAA